GAUCAUGCAGAUUGUAACCACAGUAGCCUAUGCUACUCUUACUUGACAUUAAUUUAGAGUUUAGGAAUAAGUAGAUUUCAAAACAACGUUAAUUUGAAGCAGACAAAUAUGGGAAUACUAUAUCAAAGUUUGAAGCGCAUAGCGGAAAAAAGCGCUGAGUUAUAGACGUUAAAGAGUUUCGUCCUUGCUUUAUGUUUUGCAUGAUACGCUCCUCUAGGUUCAUCCUCCAGAGAUUAGGGUUCAUGUCCAUCCUAAGCUGUUUGUUUACUCACAUCUCCAAGUGUUGUCAUAUAUCUGAACUCCUUAGCAUAACGUCUUUUUUCCUCACUCGCUUCUGACAGGCAUUCAGUCAGAUGAAUGUGUAAACAGAAGGGCGGUCUCAGGUGAGAGGCUUGAGUUUCACCGGCUUUCGAAGUGUUAUAAUUGAGCCUUCGAGUUCAUUGAUCAGUCAGAGAGAUUGGCUGCGCCGGAAACUUAUCUGAUGUUUUGUUUUUCCUCAAGCGUUUCAAAAGAAUGAACGGGCACUUUGCGGGGCUUUCGCUAAACUUCUAAGUCCUGUUGGACACCUUUAGGAGCCUAUUUGUAUUGUUAAACAUGGAGGAACUAAAAUCCCCCGUGAGUUUUUUCCACAAGUCGUCAUUUAGCAUCAGCAGCUUACUGCUCCGACACGAGCGCGCGAGAAGCGACUCGAGCGCCGCGCCGGAAGCACCGCGCUCUCGUGCCGCAAAGCCGCCAGCGCGCUCCCAUCACCAUCAGUCAAAUGACGGAAAAGACAAGCCGAUUCUAAAGCGGAACGAAGCGAACAGAACGGAUAAAAAAGAGUCUGGGGGAGUUGGAGAGCAAAAGUGUGAAGGAACAGAUGGACAGGAGAAGAAGAGUAAACCCGAUAAGCCUCCGUUCAGUUAUAACGCGCUUAUCAUGAUGGCCAUCCGCCAGAGCCCGGAGCGAAGGCUCACUCUCAACGGCAUCUAUGAGUUCAUCAUGGGAAACUUCCCGUACUACCGAGAAAACAGGCAGGGUUGGCAGAACUCCAUCCGACACAACCUGAGCCUCAACAAGUGCUUCGUUAAGGUCCCGCGCCACUAUGAUGACCCGGGAAAAGGCAACUACUGGAUGCUGGACCCGUCCAGCGAUGACGUGUUUAUCGGCGGAACCACUGGAAAACUCAGGCGCCGGUCUACAGCGGCGUCUCGCGCCAAGCUGGCCAUGAAGAGAGGCGCGCGGCUAUCCUCCACCGCCGCCACCGCAGGACUGGCGUUCGCAGGCUCGUUUUACUGGCCCGUCCCGCCGUUCAUGACCCUCCAGCACCGUCACCCGAACUCCGCGGCACACCACAACAACUACGCCGCGUCAGUUUUGUCCCAGAGCUCGCGGCACUUCAGCUCGGUCGGUUCCUCUGCAGAAAGACUGCUUCUCCCAUCCGCACAAGAGGCAACUUAUUAUGGAAUGGGCUGUGAACAGAUGACCUCCACCUCCUCCUUCAGCACAUCUGCCUCUGUGCCUCUGCCUCUCUCUGCUCCCUGCUCUUUUAAUUUACUUUCCAAUCAGUCCAGUUACUUUUACUCUCAUCAGGUGCCUCACACAGCGGGACUGUCACCCUGGUCGCAGGAGGAAUCUUACCUCUCCAAAACAUCUCCUUCUGGACAGUUUUUCCCUGGAAAGCCAUCUCCUACUUCUGAAUACAUUGGAGGACUAUGUACAGACAUUCCUAGUUAUUUUCCUCAUUUUAACACAGCCAGCUCCAUGCACUGAACAGUUUGUUUUUCAGCUUUUUGAAAAGUAUUUAUUGUAUGAACAAGCUUUUUUAUCCAUUAUUUAAUUUCAUGUGAGGCAAAAAAUUUGUGGCCAAAAAAAAAAUUUGUUUUGUAAUUUCCAGUUGUUUACAGUCUAGUUACCCCAAAAACUAGUUAAGCCAAGUAUUUUUAGGCACAUGAUGGUUGAACUAAACAUGGCGAGCUGAAAAACAAUGCACUUCUUUUUUAAAAAAGGGAAAUAGCUGUGGGAAACAAUCAUGUUUUGUUCUGACCACAUAUGUCUCUUUUAAAGGCUGCUGUUUUUUCUUUAGAUGGCGCGGAGUAGUUGGACAAGUUUGUAUGUAGGAUGCAAAAAAGAAAAGAUUAACUGCAUGAUUCUGUCCGGUGCUUUUUCAUAAGAUGUCUUCGUGUUGUUCAGCAUUUACAGUCACUUACAUAAUCUCAAUACUGUAGAUAUUUGUCUAAGAAGCAGCCUACAGGUCUUGGCCUGUAAUUUUGACCUGGCCCAAACAUGUAUCCACUUAUAGGAAAUAAAUGUUUUGGAGGAACAGACCUUUGUUCAUGCCAAUUGUUUUAUGAAAUAAAUUUCCUACUGCAAUUUCAAAUUCGCAGGAAAUAACUUUUUGGUUACAAUUUACAAUAAGGUUUCAUUUGAUAACAUUAGCUAUACAUCAGUCAGCAAGAACUAAGAAUGAACAAUAAAGCAUUUAUUAAUCUUAGCUAAUGUUAAUAUCAGCAUUUACUAAUACAUUUUUAAGAUAAAAAAUGUGCUAACAUUAAUGAAGUUGGACUAACAUGAAAGUGAUUAAGUAACAUUAACAAAUAGGUUAAUAAAUAGUGUAAAAAUAUAUUGCUCAUUCAUGUUAGUUAAUGCAUUGACUAACAAAUGAAAUCUUAUUGUAAAGUGUUAGCAACUUUUCAUAUAUUCAAAAUGUGUAUGUAAACAAUCCUUUAUUUAUUAGCUUUCAAUGUGAUUUUUUUGCCUAUUUUGCUUCCAAUUAACAUCAACCUCCUUAUAAAAAGAUGUGAAAUAUGUUCAUUUGAUAUUUUUAAUCUUUAAUCUUUUUUUUAUUUUGUACGCACUUUGAUAUUCUGGAUUCAGACAAAUAAAAGCCCAUAUUGUACAAAUAAAAGCUGGAGUUUGGGAGUUAUGCUUAAUCCUUAUCUUAUGAAUGAAGAUUAUCCAUUUAUUCAACAAUGCAGAGCAGGCCAACGGCCCAUGAUUUAGUAUAAAUUGUAAUGUUUUAUGAAAUGGUUUACGUGUGUAUGUUAUUAGCAGUCCAGUUUAAAAAUAUUCUACAGUGCUUUGUUUUUCACAUCUUUCUCCCCUCU